CCUUGAUGAUUUUGUAAUAAGUCAAAAAAUCGGUGCUCUGUUAACUUUGAAAAGAAAUAUUGUCGGUUGGCUUUGGAAUAAUAAUUGUCCGAAGGACAUAGAGCAAAGUUUUUGUAUGUCCGCAAUUAUAAAAUUUGAUCAUUAUACACUGAAAAUAGCUGCUUUGUCGGACUGA